AUGCGCCCCCAACGAUAUUUCCGCCACUGUGUGGCGGGUCUUUCUCGACCCACCAGCAUUGGUUACAAUGAGCACGAAUGCCUCGACGGGUUGUGCGUGCGCGGCCAGCCAGAGUGCAACGGGAUCUUCGAGUGUUCCGACGGCAGCGACGAGGCGUUCUCCCUCUGCAGGUCGAGGAGAUGUGCGCUACCACAGCGGCCCGAGAACGGCGUCUACCGUAUAGUGAGCGAGACAAGCCUCGACGAUGCGAACUCAGUACAGCUGGAGUACGCUUGCAGCUUUGGCUUCAAGUUGGUGGGGGAAGUGAGGGUGCUAUGCGGGGAGGCCUGGCCGGAGCUACCUUACUGCGUCCAGUGUGGCAAAUUGAUACCGAAACUUAUGCCUUCGGUGCUGGGUGGGGAGACGACGCGGCUUGGGGACGUUCCCUGGCACAUUGGUAUAUACCGAAAGGGGGACUCCUCGGACCAAUACCAACAGAUAUGUGGUGGAUCCUUGAUCAGUAACACCGUGGUGCUGUCGGGGGAGGCGCUGUGCAGGGGCAAUAGCGGCGGUGGUUUGUCGUUCGCCUCCAACAUAUCGGGCGUGGAGCGUUACUACCUCCGCGGAAUCGCGUCCACCAGCCCGCUGCUGAAUGACCGCGUCUUACAACGUCAACUCUCUCACCAGCUUCACGUCGGUCAUCAAGUACGAGGAGUUCAUCAAACGCUACCUGUACGGAUAGGGGACCGGCGCAGUAGAGACGGCAAAAUGUAUCCUAUGGAGGGAGAAGGGAGUCACGUAUUACGAAAUGAAAAGGAGGGGCGGGGGGAGGGGCACCAAAUGCGUGAGGUUUUAAUGUUU